GAUCCUGAGCGUCUGUUGGCUGCAAAAGACGAAUUCUUAUUUGGAAUUUGUAGCCAACCAUCGGAAAUAAGUUUCUGCGUCGAGUAAAGAUGCUCCGAAUUGAAGAUAAGGUCGUGGCCACGGGAGAGACGCGUUCGGGCUCUGCGUUGCUGACACUAGUUAGCUGCUUGGGAUGUCAAGAGUCUCUAUGAGCCAGGUUAGUGUUAGUGGCGUGUAAGAUGAACGUCGAGGCACUUGGCAUUAUGAGUCCCGCGUCGGAGCACACACAGAUUUUCUCUCCCGUUUGUCUGUCUCACUGUUUUUGUGCAUCGAGCCGUGUAAUUUUACUUUCCGCCAAGUUCGAAUGUCUUUCGGAGUUGACGCAUGUUUCCUGCAAGUAUAAAUCCUACGCGGCGAGUCUGUUCAGAUAAAAUGGCUACUUUUUCCUCCCGUCGGUAUCCGGCGCGGCUCCUGGAAACCCUUAUCUCCUUCCACCCAUAUCCGUCUUUACGAACUCCCAUCUACUUCAAGUUUUCCCAAGCAGUUUAUUUCCAUGGCUGUUGCUAUGGUAACUCUAAGGCUUCGGUGCAUCGUGUGUUCAGUUGGAAUAUCGGCCGGCUCAUGACUUAUCCUCACUGACGUUUUGCGUGGUUUUUCUCAGUAUCCUCAGGAGACAGCGACGCUGACGUGAUGUUGAACUAGAAAGCGCCUGGUCGCGGGAUUCUGUUAAGUGGUGACCGAUUGAUGAAGGAAUGGAGAAGAUUUCAGGAUUGUCUCUUUUGACCUCUGAGUAGGAAGUCAAAUCUAAGUUCGGGAAGUUUGGUUCGUUGUGGGAUGCAGGGAGAAUAAUUUGGUGAUGGUGGCAGCCGUGGAGAGUUGGGUUUGUUCUGAAUCACUGGGUCGUUUAUAUUCUUAAGGGCGAGACAACCUUCUUCCAACACAAAGACAGGAAACAUGUCAAUUGGUCACAUGACACGGUGAAACCAACAGUAGGAAGGCACUAGAUGUCAGAUCUAUUAUCGGCCUCUCGUGUAGAACUGGGCCUUGUGUCUUCUUCUAAACUUUUAUGUUUUAAAUCGGAGACCAUGCGCGAAGUCCAUAUGACAGGCCACAGUAAUUCACAUGUUCGCAAAGCAAUUGGCGUAUUUGGAUGAAUGUUGCAAAAAAACGGAAAUAUUUUGUUUUCCAGACGAAAGUCUUACCCACCGGUGGGCUUUUCCCCCAGGGGUAAAUCGGCCGGAGAGUGAAGCAGACGAAACCUGCAUCUUGUGUAGAGAAUACCGGGAGCUGUGCCCCCACCUUCCCUUGCGUGUCUGCAGUUUUCGCCAGAAAGGGGCAGUCGGCUGUCCACCCAUUGCGUGCGGUAAAGACGCGAACGUGACCACUCUUACGCCUGAAAUGCGCGGAGCUUCGCCUCCACGCCCUCGAUGGUUAAGUGGUAUGCGGCCAUGGUCAUCGCGUCGCUAAAGUUGUCGGCCCGGAUCGGUCACCGUCGGCCCUCAUCGGCAUCGUCCCGACCGCGCAGCGCACGCUGAACGUCGCGCAGUCUUGUGCGUACUUUGUGGCCGAUCGCGCGUGUGAUGAACUUCAGUGGCAACAGGAUAGUGAAGCAACCGCCUGGUGGCGACUGUCACGACCUCUUCGGGGCCGAGUUUAAGGGCUCGCCCUGCCAUCACAGGGUAUUGAAGCCCCCGGGCGGUGGCAGCAGCGACAUCUUUGGGAAUGUCGAGGCAGUAGAGCAGUCACCACGAAGAGUGAGGAGCAAGCAGUACUUGCAGUCGUCGGUGUUUGCUGCCAAUGGCGUUUGUGAGCCAACCGGCACACCGCGCAGCAAGCCCGGUAAUGAUUCGCACAGCCGCCUGUUCGGCCCCGUAGAAAGCCGGCCCCAAUGCACGCCCAAGAAUCGAAUGAAAAGUAACAUUCCCUUUGGAUUGGUGGGAGCUGCUUCUGAUCCACAGGAGUCUGCUCCGAGAGAUGUGGUGCAUGUGGUGUUUGGUGUCGCACGGUGUGGCUUGGCUUGUUGGUUCCAGUUAGGCGCAAUCCGGUCACUGGCGAUGGUGUCCCUUCGAGUGACUGCAUCGUCAGAAGAAGUGUGAGGAAGCGAGAUGGUAACCCUGUGACUGGAGAUGGCUAUACUGCAGGAAAUGACGAAAAGGAUUCUCCAUCGACACCGGCAACCACAACCACCAACGGGAAGGGUAGCGGUGACAUCCGCCGUAACCGUGUGCCACCUGGAGGCUAC